UCUAUGAAUUUGAACAUUCUUUUUUCAUUUAGCUCUUGAGGAUGGACAGGCAGCUAGAGGGAAAGAAUACAGGAUAUGAAGAGAAAUAGGAUCUGAAGGAACAGUCCUGGCUUCUUGCCUUUCUGGAAAAUGUAUUUACCACCCUGCUUUACAAGUCCUUUGGAAAGAAGAGAGCAUAUUUGCCUCCAGAGAUGAACUCCUCCUACCAGCUACACAUUCCAGAACUUAACUUGAGUACUUUUGGCAUCAACUUUACGGUGCCUACUGUCAAGAACAAGUCAUCACCAUGUGAGCAAGUGGUCAUAGCAGUGGAGGUGUUUCUAAUCCUGGGCAUUAUAAGCCUCCUUGAAAAUAUCUUGGUCAUCUGUGCAAUAGUUAAGAACAAGAACUUGCACUCACCUAUGUAUUUCUUUGUGUGCAGUUUAGCAGUAGCUGAUAUGCUGGUCAGUGUUUCUAAUGCUUGGGAGACAAUAACGAUAUAUUUAAUAAACAAUAGGCAUCUAAUUAUGGAAGAUGCUUUUGUACAACAUAUAGACAAUGUUUUUGAUUCAAUGAUCUGCAUAUCUGUGGUGGCUUCCAUGUGCAGUUUGCUGGCUAUAGCAGUAGACAGGUAUGUCACAAUUUUCUACGCCCUGCGUUAUCACAACAUCAUGACAGUGAAAAGAUCAGGGCUAAUCAUUGCAUGCAUAUGGACAUUUUGCACUGGCUGUGGCAUUAUCUUCAUUCUUUAUUAUGAAUCAACUUACGUUAUCAUUUGUCUCAUCACAAUGUUUUUCACCAUGUUAUUCCUCAUGGUCUCUCUGUACAUACAUAUGUUCCUCCUGGCUCGUACUCAUGUCAAGAGAAUAGCUGCUUUGCCUGGGUACAAUUCUGUUCAUCAAAGGACCAGCAUGAAGGGGGCUAUCACUCUGACCAUGCUACUAGGCAUCUUCAUUGUUUGUUGGGCUCCGUUUUUUCUCCACCUCAUCCUGAUGAUUUCUUGCCCUCAGAACCUCUACUGUGUUUGCUUUAUGUCUCACUUCAACAUGUACCUCAUCCUCAUCAUGUGUAACUCAGUGAUUGAUCCCUUGAUCUAUGCCUUUCGUAGCCAGGAAAUGCGGAAGACCUUCAAGGAGAUUAUUUGUUGCUAUAGCCUGAGAACGGCCUGUGGGUUGCCGAGCAAGUAUUAGGAAAAUGCAUUUUUGAAUGAGGAAACCAAGAUGCAACAUUAUUAUUUAUCAGGAAAAUCAUGCAUCAAAAUUGUUAGCAUCUUCUUGCCCUAUUUCUGCUGAAGGAACUAUAAAAUGUCUUUCCACCUUAUAGUUGUAAUGAGGAUCAUAUUUUUAUGGAAAGCUGUUUUUCUAGUUUGAUGUUAUUUGGUUUAUUUCCUCUUCCAUACACACCUAUAACUCUAACUGGCAUUAAUAGGAGUUAGCAUAUGCAUGUGUAUCAAGAGAAGAAUAGAACACUUGGGGCCAGAUUCAAGCCAAAUAUCUUAUAAAAGUAGCAGAAAUUUCAUCCUUUCCCCUCUUUGAUUUUUACGGACAGGGUACACCAAUAUGUAGAUGUGGGUAGGAUAUCCCUAUUUGCCUCACUGCCAAAUGCAGUGAGCAUUAACUAACACACAACCAAUACAUGGGUUUCUAGUUACAUUUUCUUUGGGUACAACAUGGCUCAUUUUGGCUGUCCAGUGUGAGAAUGGACAGGUUUCCUGUCAAUUUCUUUAUUGACAUAAAACCAGAAGAAUAACUGAUCAGCAUUAAGUGAAAAAUAUAAUCUGUAAAUGUCAGUGUCCAUAUGCCUCAACCAACACAAUUAUGAACAAGAACUUAUAUAUGUAUAUAUACACAAAUUUUUGUAUCCCAAUCAUGAUUGUUGCACUCACAAAAUACAUACUACACAAGAGGUCAAUGUAAUUGCAACAUUUCCCAGUAUUAAGCGUAGUAUUUUGUGACCCCUGUCUGUAGUUGUUGCAGUGUACCUAUUACUGUAUAUCUAGGAAAAGGUGUACCACAUGCUGGUUUUAAUGCUGCAGUGGUUCAUCCUAAAGGCAGCACUGGAUAUGGGUUUUUCUGGGCCCUGAAAUGAGUACAGCAUAUAUGGCUUCAAGGUAGACAAAGGUAACCCAUGUAACAUUUUGUGGGGAGAGGUUAGGCCAAUGAGCAUGUCAGAGGCAGCAGGAAGAUUGUCAGAUGCGGGUGGAUUUGGGGCACUUAUUAUUGGAGAAAUUUGGGUCCCCGAGUACAUCUUUCACGAUGGCCGUUACACAAAGUAUGGGUGGUUUUCAAGGCAUGCUGGGGGUGGGUGUCAGCAAAAGAGGGCUCCCAGGAACAUGGGAGAAUGCCAUGCCAUAAAUGCCAUGUUUAUAUAGGCCUAAGCCAGCAUCUGAUAUGCUUUUCUCUUUACCAAGAGGCUGCCAUUUUCAUAAAAUACAGCAACCCUCUUACAUUUUGUAUAAGCAAUUUGCUUCCUGUUGUGUUCUCUCCAAUAUUAUCUUCUGUAACAGUUAUGUAAUGUGAAGAAUAUUGGAUUUGGUCACAGAUGAAGAAAGUACAAUCAAGGAGCCACAAAAUAUUCUAAUUUCUCUUCCAAGGAAUGAUACAAAUCUACAGAAUGUCCUCCCAAAAGCUGGAUUAUUGCAUUUAGAUAUAAAAUAUAUAAAAACUCAGAGGAAACAGUUUCAUAGUGAUUACACAUCUGAAAUGUAAGUAGCUCACAAGAGUAAAUUAUUCCUUUCCAAAGUCAAGAGGUUACUCUCGCUAAAUUGUCUCCAGUGAACCUGUUUCAAGGCCUCAACCAAAGCCCAUUGAAGCCAGUAGAAAGACUCCCAUUAUCCCAAUUGGUUUUGGUUUAGGUCUGUAGAUCGUAGCAUAUUUCAGAAAAAAAAAACUUGGACGUUUUAUUAUAAAUGUCAAUUUUUUGCUCCAAACUCAGCACCUUAUGCACAGCUAACUUCAAAAACACAGAAAUCCAGAGAUCCACACUCUUAGGACAGCUGAAUAUCUUCGUGUCUACAUUUUCAAUGUGGAGGUUUGUGGUAUUAUGAUAGGCUAUUAUCAGCCUCCCUAACUUAUACUUUUUUCUUGCUCUGCUGUGGAGAUUGGAUGAUAAAGCUUUGGACAUGUGUUUGGAAAGUAGUCAAGUUUACAAAAUGAGGGCCAUAUACUGCCCUUGAUCUGCAUCCUCAGCUCCCAUUUACAUGAAUGGGCAUUUUACUCACAGUUGACAGACCUGAAUACAGAAUUUUAGUGCACCGAUUGUAUCAGGAACCCACCAAUACUUUAGGGGCCAGAUUCUUCCCUCAGUUACACCUGAGAAUGGGAUUUUACAUUGGCAGAAUUUUGCUUUAAGGUGAAGUUCACUCCAGUGCAGAGUUCACCACUUAAAUCUCACUUUAAAUAGCAUGGAUAGCAACUCUACACUGGGGUGAAUUUCACUCUAGCUAGGGUGAAAAUGAGACAGUACAAUUAAUUUCCAGCAACAUAAUUAAAGGCAUAACAAGUCUUCAAAUCACUAUGUAAAUAAACCAUAAAAUCCUCAUUAGGUAAUUCAGUUUGAAGAUUUUAUAUAUAUAUAUUUAUAUAUAUAAGGUCGUAUUGUAAAUAAUUGUAAAUCAAUAAAUAAGAAAUCAAAACUGUAAAAGCUUUGGAUAUUUUCUUGAAUUGUACAUUACCUGAUAUUUUGUUUUUGCUCUGGAAUUUUAUUUUAUGUAAAAAGAUAAGUAUCUGAGGUAA